CAAAGUUUGAUUAGGUCAUUGCUUUGUUUGCAGACGCUUAGACGACUUCAGAACCAAGAGUAGAUCAAACCAACUGUCAAGAAGGCACACCUGAACACAAGCUUGAAAGUUCAGGAUGGACAUGAAACAGCAUUGCGUGAAGCUGUCGGUCCAGCCGUCCAGAGGGCUUGUGGAUGAGAAGUUCACCGUCUUGGUCCAGAACCUCCUCCCUGGGUUCCAGCUGACCAUCCACGCCCUCCACCAGUGUGAAGACGGACACAGCUGGGAGGCUUUUGCUCACUACACUGCUGAUGCCACCAGUAUUGUGAACGUCUCACAGGAUCCCAGUCUGGGCCGGACAUAUUCUGGGAUUGAACCGAUGGGCCUGCUGUGGAGCCUCAGACCAGUUCCUGGCAGCAAAACUGGGCUCAGGUGGAGGAAGAUGAACGUCCAGACUCCCAUGGGGGUCACAAUCUCGGUGUACCAGGGUCACCAGACGGAGGGCUUCUUGGAUCAGGUGCUGCUGGCCAGUGUGGUGGUAGAGCGAUGGUUCAUGGCUCCCGGCGUCCGUAGAGUCCCGAUAACAGAGGGCAGACUCACUGCGACCCUCUUCCUGCCCUCAGGACCUGGUCCUUUCCCCGGACUCUUGGACCUUUGGGGGGGUGGAGGGAAGUUGGUGGAGUACCGGGCAGCGCUGCUGGCCUCCCACGGCAUCGCCUCCCUGGCCCUCGACUACCUGACAGCUAAAAUCACUAGGGAAACUGGUAAAAUGGUGGACAAUGAUUACUUUGAGACGGCCUAUAGAGUCCUGGAGCAGCAUCCUCAGAUCCUCGGCAGCAGGAUCGCCAUGUUGGGUCUUUCCUUCGGCGUCUCUGUCACUCUCAGAAUGGCUGUUUACUCCCAGGUUGUAAAGCUCAGAUGCGCAGUGUGUAUCAGUGGGAGUCAUGUGCAGCCGAUUGACGGACCUGUGAACAAAUUAUUGCUUUAUUUAACAAGUAAAAACAUUGACAAGAUUCAGCUUGAUAAGGAUAACCAGUCGAUCCUUAGAGAUAUGCUGCUGCCCAUCCCAACAGACCCCUCACUCAAAGUAGACGUGGGACGACUGCAGUGUCCUCUGCUGCUCGUUGUCGGUGAGGACGAUCAGAACUGGCCCACCUACGAGUCUGCUAUAGAUAUGAGAGAGAUGAUGGAGCGAGCGGGGAACAGCCACCUGCUGACUGUCCUGUCCUAUAAGAACACCGGUCACCUGAUCGAACCUCCGUUCACACCGUUUGUCAGAGCCAGCUCCUUCAGAACAGUCACUAACCCACCUUUUACGAUGAUGGUUCUGUGGGGCGGAGAGCUGGUGGCACAUUCUCUCGCUCAGGAAGACGCCUGGAGGAAGACGCUGGUCUUUCUGAGGGAGAAUCUGUACGGCGGCAUGAAACCUGGUGCUUAAUUUUCCAACCUGUAACCAAGACAACAAUUUAAUAUUGUAGAGACUUCUGGCACCUUUGGUUCAGGAUGUAAGAGUUAUCUUUACCAUGCAUAAUCAUAAUCACUUUGGCUGCAAAUGUAAUGGACAUGAAAUAUUCAAGGUUGAAUUAGUACAAAAGUAAUUUGGUUAAAGUUUUAAAUGUAUAUUGCACUCAUCAAACAAGAGAUAAUAAAAUGCCUUACAAGGAAAGAAAGAAAAAGCACCAUAUAAACAG